AUGGCGAAAUCGAGCUCCUCCGCUGCGGAUUCUUACGUAGGGAGCUUGAUCAGUCUUACAUCCAAGAGCGAGAUCAGAUACGAAGGCAUCCUUUACAACAUCAAUACCGAUGAAUCCAUUCGGUCAUUUGGAAUUGAAGGAAGGAAAAAAGAUGGUCCUCAAGUUCCUUCAAGUGAGAAAGUUUAUGAGUACAUACUGUUCCAUGGUACCGAUAUCAAGGAUUUGCAAGUCAAAGCUUCUCCUCCACCAGUUCAGCCUCCACCUCCACCCACUACAAAUAAUGACCCUGCUAUAAUUCAGUCUCACUACCCUAGCCCGAUGCCAACAUCGAAUAGCUUGCCUAGCAAAAUUCUGCCUGACAUUAGUUCUCAUAAUGGACAACCUGGUCAGCAUGGGAUGGGAUUCCAAAACUCAAUGCCUUUGUAUCAGCCUGGUGGAAAUCUUUCUUCGUGGGGAGCUUCACCACAACCACCAAUGUAUUGGCAAGGAUACUAUACCCCGCCUCCUAAUGGUGCUCCCCAAUUGCAUCAGCAGUCUCUGAUUCCACCUCCUCAUGGCCUGCCAAUGCCAAGCUCUUUGCAGCAACCUCUGCAAUAUCCUAACUUUAAUGCCCCUCCACCUUUUCUGGUGUCAAGCCCACCCUCUCUAGCUCCCAGUUCAUUGCCUUUCUCUAGUCUACCUAUGAAGCUGUCUUCAGGCAUGCAAUCUACACUGCUAUCAGCCCCAUCUCCUUCCCUAACUUCACAGAUGGCGCCUCCUUUGUUGUCGAACAAAGCUCCUAUUGCUGUACAUUCUACCUUACCUCAGGAUACUAAUGUGCUUCCCUUUUCUCUGUCAACUACUAGAGCCAGUGAAACAAGUGCUGGCCUUCCAAUGUCUGACAAGCCUAGUUUAGUUACUGGUCUUAUUUCUGUGCCGCAGACAACACCAUUAACAUCUACUCCUGCUGCUGGAGCUUCUAGUUCCAUUAGCCAAGAUAACCAAAACCUUUGUUGGUUACUCAUGGCCAACUGCUGCAGUCAGAAUCUGCUGCAAAGCCCAACCUCCGAUAUUGCCACUCCUUCCUCUACAACGCCAACUCAAAAGCCGAACGGGCAUUCGUUCCCAACCCAUAAUGGUUACAGGGGACGUGGGAGAGGAAGAGGGAGAGAAGCAGGGAGAACAAGCCAGGUAAUGAAGCUCACUGAAGAUUUUUAUUUCACUGCUAUGAAUGAAAAGUUCAAUAAGGAUGAAAUAUGGGGACACCUUGGGAAGAGUACCAAUGAUGAUAAUGAUUAUGAUGAUGAUUAUCCAAUCGUAGAUGAAGUUGAGCUGCCUAAGAUCGAGGUCAAACCUGUUUACAACAAAGAUGACUUUUUUGACAGCCUUUCAUCAAAUACCAAUGACAGAGAUUCCCAAAAUAGGUUCUCGGAACUAAGGAAACUGGAUACUGAGACUUUUGGUGAGUUCUCAAGAUACAGAGGUCGAGGAGGGCGUGGUGGUUAUGGCCGAAACGGUCAUUCACGUGGUGGUUAUGGUGGGCGUGGGUAUGGAGGCUAUAAUGGGUGUGGUGGCGGCGGCUAUGAAUAUGGUGGUCGUGGCCAAGGGAGAGGUGCAUCUAAUCAUACUUCAUAGUUGUGCUAA